GUAUCAGUCUCAACGACGUCGUUUCACCCCCACCUUUUCCAUUAUUACUCUCUCCAAUCUCCCCUCACGCAGGUGGCGGUGCCUCUCUAGAAAUCAUAAAUCUCUCGGAUUCUAUAUUUCAUUUAAUUUAAUUUAAUUUAAUUCACACAUAAAAUUGCGUGUAUAUAUACUAGUCAGCUGUGCUUGCAUAUUUAGCUCAAUUUCAAAGCAAAGCAACAAGAGAAAAGAGAAAUUAGAGAGAGAAAGAUUUCCCUUUUUUUGUUAAUUUCAUCUCAUUAUUAAUUUCUCUUGGUUGAGAGAAAUGGAUGUGUCCGAGCAAUUGCGUUACAUCCCUUGCAACUUCUGCAACAUCGUUCUUGCGGUGAGUGUUCCAUGCAGCAGCUUGCUUGAUGUUGUGACCGUUCGGUGCGGACACUGCAGCAGCCUGUGGACUGUCAACAUGGCUGCGGCGGCGUUCCCACCGACGCAGCCGCCCUCUUCCUGCCACCAUUUUCAGGCAUCUAACAUCACCACCACUCCAGCUGAGUACAAGGUUGAUCUAGGCUCUUCUUCUAAGUGGAACUACAAAAUCCAGCCUUCAAUUUCGAAGAAGCCUGAGCCCAGGAUCGUGAAUCGACCUCCGGAGAAGAGGCAGCGAGUUCCAUCAGCUUAUAACCAAUUCAUCAAAGAGGAGAUUCAAAGGAUCAAGGCCAAUAAUCCAGACAUUAGUCACAGGGAAGCUUUCAGUACUGCUGCCAAAAAUUGGGCACACUUUCCUCAUAUUCAUUUUGGGCUGAUGUUGGAGACAAAUAGCCAACCUAAACUCAAUGAGGGGUCGGAAAAGCAUCAAUUCAGAAGGACAACUAUACGAAACAAGUGAAAUUGAUGUACAUCUAUCAGCCUGGAUAAACAGAUCUAUGGGAAUUCCUAAUAUAUGGAGAUAUUUUCAAGUUAAAGUUUAUUUCAUUUAAAAAGUGAUAUUAUAUCACGUAUGUUUUUUUUAUGUUUUUGCGUGAAAUGUAACUCUGGUAAUUCCGUAUAAACCAUAUGAUAUUAUGUGUUUAUUUUUGUCGAAUUGUACUUCCAUUCAACACGUGAUUAAAUUGGCUUUUGAUUCUUCUCUA